AUGGAUGAGAUUUUGAGUUCAAAGAGAACACAACUCGUGGAGCUUAUAAAUACUGUUAUUGGUAAAGAGUUUGACGCAUAUGGUGAGGAUUAUUAUGCAAACGCAUUUACAAGUUACAAAGAUGCGACAAUCGAUCAAUUGAGCCUUGACGAAGCCCAGUUCAAGUUUGAGGAGCCAGACGAUCUCAGUGAAGCAGAAAUUGAAAAGUUUAAUGAAACUGUAUCCUCGAAACUAAAAGAAACUCUUUUAAAUACAAGCUUUCAAAAAGUGUUAUUGUCCCUCAUCGAAGAACACAUUAAGAGUGAAAACAGCCACCUAAUAGGUAAACUUGCACUCACAUUGGACUAUUUAUUGUGGUUAGCACUCGAGGUGGACCGUUCCACGAAAUUAUCAUUUUACUAUUGCUUGGAGGUCGUCCUGAAUCAGCUUUUCUCAAUCUCAACCAAUAAGGUUGAAUGUUUUUGGUCUUAUGUGGAGUCAAGAUUACCAAUAAUUCAAAGCCAAUUAUUUGAAAAUAGCUUUGCCGAGAGAAUUUCAAUUCUUCUGCUUGGGAAUUCGUUAACUGACAGAUAUAAUACUCUGAUAACGGGAAUUCAAACCGAUUCUACGAUGAAGGAUACCAUUAAUGAUAGAUUUCAAUUCCGAGUGCGAAUGUUUAUGACCGAGUUACUUGCGAUUGACGACAACACUGGUCUUAACAAGUACUUUCACACCCACAAUGUAAUCCCCCCUCACAUAGAAACCAAAGACGUGUUUAUAAGCGAUGUCUUGGAAAUACAGAAAAUGUUCAACGACCCAUUAUAUUAUCUUAGAAAGAGCAAUGUAAUGAACUUUACCAAGAUGACAGAAAAGCUAUACAGAGUUUACGGACAAUUAGUUGAAGAGGAAUUGCGGUUUAGAAAAAAGAAUCCUCUCCCUGAACAAUUUAGCUUCUUGGAGCCAAAAAGUGAGCCAGAGAAGGAAUAUUUGCACCAAAAGUAUCUCCACCGCGAAUACGUGCCCGAAUCUUACCUUGAAUCCAAUUUUGGAAAGGAAUCAAAGUCAGAACAGAGUCAGAACACAGAUUACAAGUUUCUAUACCAUCGAAUGGAAAUUUCAAAGGUGAGAAUGCAGUAUCUUUUGAUGAUUUAUAUUUUGUCUGUAUUUUACGUUGAACUCACCCCUAGUAGCAAAAGCGAGUUCAUGGAAAGCAUUGGUGCACCAACAACAACCAAACACAUCACCGAAGAUUUUCCACCCAUCGGCGCCGUCAAGAAGUACACGGAAAUCAAAACUGAGCUAUCUACAGUAUUAAAGAAGAUCGACCCUUCGUUGCUGUUUUUGUUUAUACACUUGAGUCUUGAUGAAAAGAUUUGGUGGAAGUGGUUGCUUCAUGGCAAGGAUGAGAAAAAUGAAGGCUUUUUUGUUGACAAAAUCUUGAAACCUGAAAUACUUGCGGCCAGGGAGGACGCGUUCAAAAAUUUGUAUCCGUAUAAGAACAAGAGGAGCUUCAACACUUAUGUAACCCCCCAAGUGUCAAAGAAAAUGCGAACAGAAAGGGGAUUAGAAAAACUAGAACAAGCUGCCAAAUUUGACUCCGAAAAGGCAACAGAGGAACUUAGCAGUGUUGAAAAGGAGCUAGAAAGUGGAAGCAAUGACGAGUUGAGGGACAAGAAGUCUUCUUAUUCUUGGAAAUUGCUUAGAUGGAAAAGAAAUGUAUAA